AGAGCAUUCCAUGGAAUAUAACAAAAAGUGUAUCUCGAGCCGGUUUCUCAAACUUACCUACCCCACCUUUAAGUAAUAUAUGAUUUAUGAAGUAACAUUGCAAGCAAAAUGUAGAUAUUUUAGCCAGAAGGAUCAAACUGGUAACACUAUAGACUAUAGAGCAACAACACUGUGUCGCAGUACAGGGAGAGAUAAAAUGGUGAAUUUGUGUUUGUUAAGUUUAUACUGUGUGUCAUGUUGCUGUCUUAUUGUCAUCUCUCUAAUAAAGACUACCUCCCAAAAGACCUAUCAACUUAGUUUCAUUUGGUGUGGCUUCUUUCUUGGGUUAAGGGAAACAUGAGACCAAGUAAAUGCUCUGAUGAUACUAUAUUACUUUGAAAGCUUGAAGCUAUAGCAAAGAAACAACAUGCCUUUGACAGCAGAAACAAAUGGAGUACUUGAUGGCAUGCAUGCCUUUGCAAUACAAUGAAAUACUAUACUUUACCUACAAGCAAUAAAUAAAUGUACCUACAUAACUGCACAGUUGGUGAGGAUUUAGAGUUCUGCCCUUGAUGGUAGAAGAUCAAUUAAAAUGGGGAUUUUAAGAGAGGGAGCGGAGUUAAGGCAAGAUAUAAAGAUAAAAGUUCAGCUAGUAAACAAAUAUCCGUUAUAUUUCUUGUAUUAUUAUUUUGCACCAAAACGCAAUCACCCUCCGACACAAUAGGUGGCGAUUUGUUCAAUCAACGCUGCUUGAACGCUUAACAUCCGGUUAUAAAACACGAAGAAGAAACCUAGUAAGCUCAUUGGCUGUUCUUUGAGGAUGUUAGUUUCUGAUGGUUGGGCCCGCCUCUGUAAAAUGGAGACAUCUAACAUGCUUUUGGUGAAAAAACACAAAUUGUGAAUGUGUUUCUUUUUAGCUCCAUGGGGUGUUUUUUUCCUGACGCAACGACAAAAAACCGCUAAUAUAGAUUUAGGGUCAAUACGCUACCCUCGCUACCUCUUUGUAAUAAACUUUGAAGCUAAUUUUGAUAUGUUUGCUAACUAGCCUGUGUUGUAGAGUUCCCCACAGUCACUUGGACCGACCUAAGGCUUUGCAUCAAGUGACCUAAAGAAUUGGAAAUACUUUUUAUUGGAAAGAUGAGUGGGACGACAACUGUGCCUGAAGAAUCUGAUACAGAGUGGACCAAGAAAGACACCCAGAAGCUUCUUGCUGUAAUGAAAACCAGCAUCCUAAUGAAAGACCUAAAGAGCACAUAUUUAAAAGCACUGAAAAAUGUGGACUGGAAAGAAGUGGCUUUCGAUCCUUUCACUCCUGAAGCAUGCAAAAAGAAAUGGGGAGAGAUUUUGCAGAAGUUGCAGAAGUUUCGGACCCUCACGGAGCUCCUCGUUGAAGCUGAAGAUGUCAUUUCCAAUCCUUUGAUGAACACAAAGAUUCACCCAGAUCACCCGAAGAAACCCACUCCUCCAAAUGCCAUCUUUUGCAAGGAGAACUGGGUCAGUUAUCAUAAUAAGUACCCAGAUAUCGGUCAAGAAAAGCUAUUCAGGCGUCUAGCCAAUAAGUACCAAGCGCUCCCUGAUGAAGAGAAGGCUCAAUAUGAGGAGAAGUUUAAUCUCGCAACAGUGGAAUACAAGAAAAAGAAGGAGGAGUUCAAAAAACAAUCGAGACCCAAUAAGAGGAAACAACUCUCAGACGACAGCACAGAUGAAGAAGAGCAGACUGAAGAUGCAAUCUGCCUGCCUCCCAAACCUCCAUUCAAUGGCUAUCAUAUUUUCUGCAAAGAGCAAAACAUGACGGGUUUACCAAACAAUGCCUACACCGGUGUGUGGGCCCAACGCUGGAGAGACUUGACUGACAGAGAGAGGGAACAAUACAGCUUCCGCUGCAGACAGAUGAAGAGGGAGUACGCGGUUAAGCUGAAGGAAUAUUUAAAGACUUUUGACCAGGAGGAGCAGCAGAAGAUCCUGAAAAAGAAUGGCAUCAAAACUCCAAUGCAAAAGCGUGAUGUUAAAAAAGGUCCAAAGAAGAUUCCUGGCGAGCCCCACAAACCUCCUAAUGCUAAUAUAAUAUUCUGCAAAAAGCAGAUGGUACUUUUCAAGGAGACAUAUCCAAACUCAAGGGAGCGAUUCACCAAGGUCAAUCUAAUGUGGAGAAAACUCUCCUAUGAAGACAAGAAUUGCUUCAUACAGGAUGUAACUGAAAACAUGAAAGAGUACUCGAUGAAGCUGCAGAAGUGGUUUAAGACAUUGUCAAGAGCACAGCAGGAGUCUUAUCGGACCAGUAACCCCUCCAAAUUGAAAUACCUUGGUGAAAAUUGCACUGAAGAACCAUUUGCCUACAGACAUCGGAUUCAGAAGAUGAAAUGUUUGAAGACAGCAACAGCGAGCAAGAAUGGAAGAUGUUUGACUUUGAAGAGGACGAAGAAGAAGAUGACGAAAACAUCACAUUUGAAAUGUUUUAGAUGGUGAUGGGAUGGGAAACAGAGCUUGUGAAGUUCAGAGCCGAAUUCUGGAUUAAGUGACUGACUUUAAUGCCACAUUGUACUGUAUUGAGGAACUGCUUGUUGUUAAAAUAGGGUCCCUUUGCAACAAGAUGCUUUGGGAUCAAUGUAAAUUUAAUCCUGUGUUGUGUUCACAUGCUGUUUUUACUGUUAAACAAUGACUUGCAUGUAUGCAUCAAAAUAGUUUAGGGAGAAAACACGACAUUGGAGUUUUAUAUCAGUUCUCAUAUUGCCUCAUUUUACAUUUGAUGUUGGGAAUUGUAUUUUUAUUGAUUGUAAAAACAAAACUUCUUUGUCAAGCAUUGUUUUUGUAUUAAUACAAACCCGUUUUAGAUGUUUGUGAAACCCAGAAAUAAGAUUUUUCCAAUAAACAUGUUGAAUAAAAUGUGA